AUGAGCAACUACAUCUGGAACAACACCUACUCGCUAGAAUUUUUGAGCGAAGACUUUUACGAGCUGAACAUCAGUACAAAGGACAACGUGUACGAGGUUGUAAGGAAAAGGAAAGAUGACAAUGAAGUAGAGAGCCUUAGCAUUAACAUAAGCAACCACAUAUGCAUGUUCGUGCAGCUGUUAGAUAAUUUGUUGGGGAAAAUCAGUUACAAUAACAGCACAAUCAAUGACACAUUAAAUUAUAAAAAACUGUCGGAUAUCUUUCACUUUGUAAAAAAUCAACUAUAUAAUUGUGAUUACAGUUUGUUCUUGAGGAUUUAUUCUAUCUACCAUACGUAUAAUCAUAGAAAAAAUGGGUACCUGGAUGUGAACAAUCUGUACACAUUCAUUUUGGACAUAAUAAACAAGAUUGAAAAUUUGAAUGAAAAUAAUUUUUUGAUUCUCCCUGGAGGGUUUUACUUACAAAAAGAAAAAAUGCUAAUUAAAAUUCUGUACAUAAUUCAUAAAAAAAAUAAUAUGUACAGUUUCGCAGUUUUAAAUAAUUCCAUUUAUGGCAUUCAGUAUCAUCCUUUCAAGAUUGACGAAGUGGAUAACUUGGGUGUUCUCCUAAGGGACGUAACUCUGUGUAUAAAAAAUAUUAGCAAAAAUUUCCUCACCAACUCCCUAUUUUGGCUGUGUCUGUACCGACUGUAUAUUUUCCCCAACCCGGACAACGUUGACAUUUUGUACCAGGUGCUGCUGCCAUAUUUGAACAACUCCUUUUUGACGAACAACUGGAAUUUGAACAAUAAUAAGACGAUCCGGGUGUCCCAUCCGGGGGGGAGCGGCGUCAGCGGGGACGGUGGCGGGGUCGGCAAUGUUAGCAGUGUUAGCAAUGUUAGCAGCUUUAAUGUCGACACCUACGGAGAAGUGUUCGGCCGGAUGGGAAACGCCCCCAAUUCGCAGAACCUGCUGAGCGGUACGUAUAACUAUGCAAAUAGUUCGAGUCAUCACGGUAAGAAUCGUACGGGGGGGAAUUUCAGCGGCCUUGACCAAGCAACAAAUUUUAACGACCGAAGCCAAGUGCCCAAUUUUAAUAACCCUAGUCAAGUGUCCAAUUUAAUCAAUUUGGACCAUGUGGGAAGCGGCAUGGGGGAUUUUCCAAAUGGAAAUAAAUUUAACAGAUAUGAAAGCAGCCCGCCCCAGAAGCCGGACUAUUUCAGCGCGUUUGAUUUUGUCGAUAAUGUGAAUCCCCGGGAGGGGGGCAACCAUGUAUACGUCGAUGCCGGAAUGGGAAUCGGUAUAGGCAACGGCAUGGGAAACGACAUGUACGGUGGGCGAUCCACCGACAACAACUUCUUCAGAGACGGAAGGGGGAACGAAAAGGCGACAAACGAAAGUGAGAAAUACGGAGGCAUAUACGUAAACAUUUACAAAAAUAAAUUCACCUCCUUCUCCAUGAGCUUAUACUAUUGCAUAAUUUACAUUCUCAAAGUUUUGAAUAUUCAAGAGGAAGACAUCGAGGUGUUUAAAAUUUUUCUGUACUAUAGCAUCGUCUUGAAAUUGUGCGACGAUUUGUUUGUGUAUGAUAAUGCAGAGAGGAGUCGCCUCGAUGGUUCCAACACGAGAUCCAUGGGCACAGGAAAGGGGAACUUCUUCUCCAGUAGAAGUGACAAGAAGGAGGCCCCCUUUUUUGGGAACAACAUGUCUUACCCAGGUGAUGGCCUCUCCCCUACAAUGGACAUUAACCACUUGAGUGGGAACUACGAUCGCGGGGGAGACGGACAAGAAAUGUAUCUUCAAAAUGAUGGCAACAUUUCGAAAAGCAACGUCUAUGGAAGAAUCGAAUUGAAAAAGGACCCAAACAAAAUAGACUCCACUUUUUUCGUCUUCCUAGACAUGAGCAUCAGAAAAUUGUGCAUCCUUUUUCAUCAAUAUUUUUGUAAAAUGAAAAUGGGAAUAUACGACAAAAAUAAAAUGAUAAGAAAUGAUAUUCUUAAUGAAAUAUUGAAGAAGGUGAUAUUUGUAAAAUAUAUGUACACCAAGAUGGAGUCUAGGUUUUAUGCAGAUGUAAUAAUAACAGGGGGUGGAGAGUUAAUGAAGGGUAAGGAUUACAAAAAUAGCAUUAAAUUCCCCAUGGAGAUACUAUUACAGGAGGAUAUGUAUAAGAAUUAUCGCAAAGUAGAAAUAAAAAAGGAAGUGAAUAUUCCCAUUUCUUUUUACAUUUCGAGGAGAACCAUCCAUUGUUUUGACGAUCUGUACGUUAUACUUUACCAGACGAAUAUUAUAACGAAUAUAUUAAUUAAUCAGAAGAACUACAUUAAACAUUGCUACCUACUGGCCUUUUCCUUCGUUUCGCAUGUCCUCAACAAUAUGUUGCCAUCUCCGAAGCAUUUUAUUUACUUGUCCCAAUUUCUGAAGCUGAAGAGGUCACUCCAGAUUAGUCUCUUCCAGGAAAUAUAUCACAUGCACAACAAUAUUUAUUUUAUAUCGUGUUCGAUUGUCCAGAAUAAGCAAAUCGUCAUGUACAAGAUUGUUAACAGUUCCAUGCUUUUGUUUUUGUACGACUUUCUUUUGCGUAUUCCGUGCGUGGAUGUGUGCUCUCCAUUCGCAGUGCAUUAUAAUGGAUUCUCCACCGGGAGGGGAAGUUAUUUGGUUGACCCCAGGAGGAGAAGCGGCGUUGGGAGUGGUGAGAGCGAAAGUGCAGAGCGCAGAAGAGGUCGAAGAAACGGUGGAAGUCACUACCAAAUGAUGAAGCAAUUCUCGAGGAACGUGGCGGACAACGACAGCUACUCCUCGCUGGACGAAUACGCACACGCAGCGAGUGGAGCGGAGAUUCAACUGUCCGGGUAUUGCAUAGACAUAUCAGUUCUGGAAUGCUUUAGCAACUUUUUUCUCAUCAUAAAUCCGAAGCUCAACAUAAUGAGGUCAGAUAUAAUAGAAUAUUUUUACAAAAUUAAUGAAAAGAAAAUUAACAAAAACAGUCAGCUCUUUUUAUUCGAAAAAAGUAACGACAUAAACACGAGCGAAAUAGAAAUUCUGGAAAACAUCAGCCUAGACUUAGGGUUAGAUAGGAAGAAAAAUCACAUCAUAGAAUAUUAUUGUGGAAAAAAUGCUCUCUUCAAACAGUUGAUACCAGAAUUUUACCACCUUAGAGAUAUGCUUUUCUUGUUCAAGUCCUAUAUGUGUCCCUAUAUUGACAAAUUACCACCUGUGCGGUUUUACAAAUACGACGACAUAAAUUUAAGGUUUAGUUACAAGAACAAGUUAAAUGUGACUGUUUUUAAUCGUGAAAUUGAUAUAUGUGGGUAUAUGUGCCCCCCUAAGGAUACGAAACUGAAUUUUUUUUCCUUCCUCUACCAGUUUAUGCAGUCCCAGGAAAGUAAGAAGGACAACUGCAUUUUGACCUACUCCAACCCUAAUAUGUAUACCAGUACAUACAUAGAAAACGAGUUGGACGUUUUAUACGUAAACGAUUUGCCUUUUUUUCAUCCCUCCUUGAAUCUACGAGAUGUUGAAAUUCUGCUGCAAUAUUUGACCGUCCCAUAUAUUCGAAUUCCCCUAAUUUUGGAAUUUUUUUGUGACAAGAAUAGAAUUAAGAGUUUCCAAUCGUUUGACAUCCAGCAGCUACUUCUGUGCAUUUUGUUCGAGCCGUACAUUUUUAAAAAUAAGUACAAAGUUACGGAGGAAGAUAAUUAUAUCCCUACUAAGGACAGGAACAUCUUCGCCACGAAAUAUGGGCUGCUACUGAACGAACUUAUUAUGAGUCCCAAAAAUGUCCUUUGCAGCAUUUACUCCUACUUGGAACUCUUCUUCAGUUUUGAUAAGGAGAACAGCAGUAGCGGAAAAGUCAUUAUGGUGUUUAUCGUCAUGUUAUGUACUUAUGUUAACUCGUACAUAGGACUGGUAGUCGAGACGAAUAGGGAAAUACGCAGAAACUUGCGUAACAUUGAAAAUAUUGUCGUAAAGGAGGGACUCCUACCUGGGGGAAAGCGAACUGAGAAGAAAGAAGUCACCUCACAUACGGAGAAACACCAAUCGGGUGAGACAAAGAAGGCAAAACGGAACAGAAGAAGGAAAAGAAAAAAACUUCACCUUUUUAAUAAACUCAGAAAAAAAUUGAUAAAAAAUGAACUAUAUUGCUCCGAUGAUGUUUUCGCUAAUUUGGACACGUACUACAGGAAGAUAAAAAGAAAACUAGAGGACGAGGUGAUUGAAGUUUUGUUAAAGUAUGCCAGAUUGUGCAUCCAGAAGAAUGACAUAACGACAUGCUGCAUUUACCACGGAUGCAUUUUGCUAAUUUAUAAGGAUAUCAAAUUUAGGGAGCUCAAUCGAAACAACGUAAAAAAUUUAUUGUCUUCUAUUUUUUUCAUCUUAACUUAUUACACCUUCAACGCGGAAACGAACUACGCUGAUUUGAAGAAUAUAUAUGGGUUGGGUUCCCUCUUUGUUAAUACAAGUGACAAUUUGAGCGGAGGAGGGGUGGAAUUCUCCCACGUGGGCAGGAACAAUAUCAAGGGUGCUGCGAACGUACAGGAAAUCCCUGGUUCUGCUGGAGACCCCUCAAAUGACAGCUUUUCCCUGCUCAUUAAGACCUUCUCUCUGUGCGAAUGUGACAUUUUUAUUUCGAUACAUAGGCAUAGAAAUAUGCUGUUGAAAUAUUUGGAAAGAAACGAAAUGGAGCGAAACAUCAUUUUCGAGCAUACCAUCCAUGUCUGUGCGUGUGUUCACGAGAAUAACAAAAAUGAAUAUACUAGUGGUGGGCGACUCAAUCGGUUUAACUCAAACAUUUUUUUGAAUUUCCACGCGAAUGAAAAUAUCAUAAGGAAGUGGCUGCCUGCGCAUAAGUUCAAGCACGUGGGAAUUUAUACCAUAGAGAAUGUGAGCCAUGGCAGGGGCAACCGUAGGGGGGACGAAGAGAAGGGGGAGGAAUGGCUAAGGGAAGGUGGGCGACGCGGAGGAAAAGUGGCAACCUCGAAUUAUUUUUUUACAUCCUCUGAUUCGUCCGGUUCUUUUGCGUUGGCCAGUUCGUCCGGUUCGACUGGUUUGUCUGGUUCGUCCACUUCGUCCGCUGCUUCCAACUCCUCCAUGUCCUCGUACGAUGAUGACUUCACGUCCACGGAGGAGGACGAAUCGGAGGAGUACGAAGAUGUCGGGGAGGCGGCGAACGAAUCGGUGCAGAAGAAUCACCAAGGAGGUGCCGCCGCCCUCAUGGAGAAGGAAGCGGAGUCAUCCCCAUUUGACGAAAAUGCGAGCGGGAAAAACAACGGAGGGGAUAAAAAUGGGGACCUCUCUGAGGAGAAAACGACGACGCGGACGGAUGAGCCAACUCGUGGGAAGUCCAGAAAGAAGACAAAAAAUAAGCUCACUGAGAAGGGGGAAGAGGACGACGAGGCGGAUGAUGGAAGUCACAAAGAUGGAACGAACAGGAAUCCAUUACACGACACGGAGUCCUUGCACUCCCACUCUAUAAACCCCAUUCUAAACUUCCCGUCCUUUUUCAAAAGCACCAGUAGAAACAUCACCAGCAGUAGCGAAAAGAGGAAGCUAAGGAGGCAAAGGGCCAAUGCCAGGGCGAAGGCCAAGAGGGACAGCAUCCUCAGCAACAACAAAUACAUUUCGUAUAUAAAAAAAAUAAUAAAAGAAAAAAACAUUCUGAUCAAUUUACAACUAUUCACAUUCUCCUACAAGGAUAAUAAUAUCAUUACGCUAAACGAUAACAUGAAGAAGUUUAAAAAUUACAGAGACGUCUUUUUCAACAAUAAAAAUAGCUACCUGAGGAGUGAGAAGAGAAAAAGGGCACAUCACAGCAGCAGAAUGAAAAAAAAAAAUGUGAAGGUGUUAAUUACGCAAUCGUAUCAAAACUUUUGCGCCUUUAAUAUUAUUGGGAAGAAACACAAUUUAGAAGUCUGGAGAAUUUCCCACAAAAUAAACUUAAAAAAUUUAAUGAAUUACCAGUAUGAUAAAUCCAAAAUAUUUUACAUCAAAAGUGGUAGCCUACUGAGCAGUAUGAAAUUUAGCCCCACGAAGACGGAGCGGGUUAGUAGCGAAAACGCUUCUGAUGAUUAUCUCAAUAUGACCUGCUUUUACAACUUUCUGUCGAACGAAGUCAAGACGGGUGUUCUCUACGAACAGGAGAACAACGAAAUGUACGUGCGAAUUAUUUGGAAGUUUAAAAAAAGCGACAUGAGUAGACCAAAUGGGGAUAAUAACCCCAAGAGCAUCCGAAUCAGUGCAGAGGAUGCCAAGAGUAAGGACAACAACGCCUUAGGGGGGUUGGAUGAUUAUGGAGGGAGAAAGGAUAAGGAAUUUUUGGAACUGAAGUCGUUUAAUAUAAAUUAUGAGACGCAGAACAUUGAGGGUCUGUUCAAUUUUAAAUAUGAGGAGAACCAGUAUGAUAGCAGCUUGAUCAACACAACGGAGGAGUCCUCCUUCAGUGAUGACAUCAGGAUUGUUUCGAAUGGGUACGACCAGGAUGGUCUCCCCGCGGGGGACAAUGGGGAGAAGGCAUCCACGAAGUUGGUGCCUAGUAGUAGUAGUAGCGACGGAAGUAGCGGAAGGAGCAGCAGAGGAAGCAGCGGAGGAGGCAGCGGAGGAAGCAGUGUGGGAGGAGGAGACCUCGCCAUCUAUGGUGCGGGAACUGAGGCGAGCGGCCGCACUAAAGGAACAACCAACAAGCAAGCGAAACAGGGAAAUUACAAAGAAUCCGCGGGGGGUAAGUUAAAAAGCGGCGCCACCCAUUUGGAGGCAAAAAAGGAAAAAAAGCAGAAUAAAAAAAGACAGCCAUGUGGAUAAAUGAACUGCAUCUACAUUUACAACAUCUAUUUUAAACUGAACCGCUUUGUGAAGAAGCUAUAUUACUGCAGUGACGUGAAAAAGGUGUACUUCUCGACCAGCAUAAACAGGUGCAAAAAUUUAUUUUACAAUUUUGAAAAUAAUAAUGUGCGUCUUUGUUACUAUAACAGUAAGGAGACGUACGAUAAGUACAGCGUGAGCAUAUCGAGAAAUCUGUAUAACAACAUCCAAGUGCAGACCUAUUUGAACCCAGUGCACUUAUGCACCUUCGUCCCAAAUAUUUUGUUGCAGUACUACAGUUUCUGGUAUAAUUCGGAUGGAAGUAUUAUUGGGGAAAUAAAGAGUAUGAAGAAGAAUCGGAAGAACAGAAAUUCGAUCAUCUACAUUAGAUUAUUCGGGGGUGAGGGUGAGGGCCUGGUUCCCACCGAAGAGACGGGAAAAAAGAACAAAUGCCUCAAUUUUGUGAAGAAGGGGCUACUCCUGCAUGGUGGAGGGAGCAAGCAUAUGUCUAAUUCAAGUAAAAUCACCUCGUUGAGAGUGAACAAUGAUUACAGGGCGAUGACUCUUAUUAACAUCCUGAGUUAUGAAAAUAACGAGGUGUAUAGAGAUUUUUACAACUUAUUGAUGAAAUUUGAUCACAUUACUUAUAUACUAAUUUAUACGUUGAGUGUUCCUUCCCUUUUUGGGGGUACCUCCGAAUAUGUGGAUGUGAGCAGCAUGCCCAUAACAGUCGACUUGGUUGAAAUACCACGGUUAAACUUGACGCUCCGCAGGAGCAAUGUGGAAAUAAGGAUGGGUGCCGGUGAAAAGGAUGACCCAAAUGAAAAUCACGGUGGUUUGUCCAGUGCAGCGGCGAAAAAGGAUUCAUGUAAGUACCACUUCGAAGAGCUGAACAUGCAUUUAUACACAGGAAAUCUCCAGAAGUAUAGCUACCUAUACAACGUAAUUAAGAAGAUGAAUAACACAGUUCUACUGCAGAACAGCAAAAGUGACUUUUUCUUUUUGGUAUCCCUCCUGAACAAGCCAUUUUUUCUCAAUAUUGCAAAUUUGUAUAAAGAAUUUAACAAGAAGAAUAUCCACCUGUGUACUCUGUUGGAGAAGCAUAUAAACAUUUUGCUAAAAAAUCACAUGUACGUAACUAUUUAUUAUCAUAAUUUUAAUAUAAAUAUGAAUGUAAACAAGAACAUGGAUGUGCUGAAUGAGAAUGCGGAGACGGACACGGCAUCCAGUUUGCAGUACAUCGUUUUGUCUGUCCAUAGUUCGAAGCUCUUUAUGAAUUUUAGAAAUAUUUACAGCUGCUUCUUUUUUAUCGUGUACAAGUAUAUACAGAAGGAGCAUGAAGAAGUGGUUGAGUACUGCAACAACUUGAGCGUCUGCAAAGAUGACAUUAAGGAGAUAAAAUAUUUGUUAAACAUUUUAAACUACUGUGAUAGUAGCAUCUUUUCUGAUGUGGACUCUUGUGCAUGCAGAUUGAAAAUAUUUAUCACCCUGUCCAAGCAAAUAAAAAUUAUUCUGCGCAAGAAGAGACAUCGAAUGGGCACCAGAAAAGGCAUGUGGAAUAUGGAUCAGUACUACAACAUUUUCCACUAUGUAAAGUCUCUUUGGAAUUUUGACAAAUCAGGACCGAAUGAUAAUAACUCUUCCAGUGGGAAUGAAGCAUAUAACAGUGGGUUGGAUGCUAAUCAUUAUUCCACCGGUAGGGGUGCCAACAGAAGAGGCAGUGAAAAUGGAAAUGGAGCUACACAAGGAAGGGACAACAAAAAUGGAAGGAGAAAAAAUCAAGUACAUGAUACAAUGAACAAGAGUGAUGACAGCUCAAGUGUAUACGGCGCCUCGGACAACUCAUCCUCCUACGACAGUAACCAUGUGUCAUCUGAAAAGGAAAACAAAAAGAAGGAAUUAAAUGCACAAGAAAAAAUCAUCGAUGGAGAGGAUGACGAUUUGAGUGGCAAAAAAAAAAUUGUCAAGAAGAGCACCGAUUUUAAUAAAAAAAAGAGUGUAACGGGAAGGCGUGGAGAAAGUCAGUCUCAUAAAGGCCAAAAAAACGCGCAAGAUAAAAGCAAUAAUGCGCCAUAUGAAGAAAACACAAAUAUGAACAUCUACAUAUACUGGGAUAUUAUUAAAGACAUGCAGUUUUAUAUAAACAAUCUGAUUUAUAUUAAGGCCAAGUGCAAACUAACUAUCGAUGAGGAGAUUUUCCUGUACCAAAAUUGUAACAUCAAUAUACAUAAGUACAAGCUGAUUUAUAAUAGGUACAUUAUCCUGAAUAGCAUUUUAGAGUCCAAGCUGACGUCGGAGAAGUGCAACCCACUUUUCUUUUACAACAUUUUGAGGAAGAAGCAGCUGGAGAACCAAGCCAAGAUGAGGAAGUACCAAAUUGAGUAUCGGAAGAAAAGCAAAAUUGAUGAGCUACACCCGACCAAGAAGUUGGAGAUGCAUUUGGCCUCAUCGGAGAACAGCCUGAUGUAUAAUCAGAACGGCUACGAUGUGGCGAAGAAGAAAAUGCAACCCAUCAUGGAGAGUAAAACCCAUUUUGAAAACAUAAAGAGCAAUUUCGAAUCGCUGAAGAGUUGUCUGAGUGGCAAGAAGGAAAAGCAAACAAAGGAUAACAAUCUCGUCGUCUCGAUUAAUGUUCCCAAAGUGGAAGCAGUAAAAUACAUUAACAACAUCGAUGAGAAUAUAUUCAUGAACAUAAAUCUGUAUGACAAUAUUGGAAAUAUUAUUAACAAUAUGAGUUACAAAAAGAUGGAGGAUAAGAACAACGUGGAGGCUCUGAACUACCUGAACACUCUAAUCAACUCAUUGGGCAUACAAAACUUUUUUAUAAUUUACAAUUACUUCAUUAACAAUUUGAAUGUGAAAAUAAUAAAAGGGGAAAAUACCUUCCUCUAUGGAAACCUUCUCUCGAGGUAUCUGUACUUUUACAAUUAUAACAUAAGUCAGUAUAGUAAAAUUAUCUACAUAUUCAUAUUCAUCAUUAAUCAUCAAGAAAUUGUGAAUAUGCUUCCAAAAAUUGAUGACCAGAAAAUGAAAAAGAAUUAUUUAAACUUCUUCAAAACGAAUGAUUUUUAAAUGGUGGAUAAUAAUUUGUCCAUAUCCAUUUCGGAUGUAAUUAAGUACCGACUCAUUAUUAACAUAAAUGUGGACGAUUAUAUGUGUGAGAAGAGGGUCAUACAACCCUUUGAUGUCAAGCCAAAUGUGCACGUCGGUUUCGAACUCCUCAACGAGUUAUGCUUUAGCCCCUUUAAGAAGCUGUACAAGUACCUCCGCAGGGUGAAGCGAACUGGAGGGCAGACCCUCCAUGGGAGAGAGGCACCCUCUCAAGCGGUUAGCGACCGAAGAGAAGUAGACCCCAGCUGGGAUACGUCGCCGAGUCUAAACCAGGCCAGCAGUUUCACAACCGCGAGAAAAAGUAUGCUCAACUUCGACUUUGAAGAGAGUAACAUAUCGUGCCAAAACACCUAUUCGAAGAAUUUUAUCCAGAAUAUGAAAAACGAUUAUAACGCCUAUCUGGACUAUCAGCGGAAGAAGGUCGAAUACGAGUUCAUCGGGUUCAGCGCUGAGGAAAUUAAGAUGACAUUCAGUAAUGUUAAAAAGCUGAAGGAGUACGUGAACAUGUUCGUCAGCAUUAAGGACAUUUUGCUGGAGAUUUUCGUGGGGGACAAUAAGCUGCUUGAGUGCAUAAAUGAGUUCAUCGAGGGGGCUGAGAAUGCCAACGGGAGUGGGAGCGGCUUCGGUAGCGGCUGCGGGAGCGAUAGCGAUGAAGACAGCUACAGCCACAACGGCAGUGUCAGUGGCAACGGUAGGGGUAACGGUAGCGACGGAGGGAUGACCGGAGAGAAGGAAAUCCUCGUCGAGGAGAAUACCCCCUGGAACGAAGACCUCGUAGAUAUAGACACACACAACGAGCAAGGCCAGAGUAACAAUCGCAGAAAAGGGGCAGAAGACAAUCAGGCUGCGAGCUACUUUCUGUACAAAUUCGGAGUUCUAGGAAAGGCAGAAAAGGAAAUAAAUUUAAAAAUCCUCAUAAGGUGCUUCAUGUCCAAGUACGCGCAUGAAUAUUUAGCAAUGAUAAACCCGAAUCUGAAGAAGAAGAGCGCCAAGAAAUUCAUUAACAUCGUCUUGCUCUACAUGCUUAUUAUGAACCGGAAGAUUUUCCUGCACGAGUGUAUAAGUAGCGUGAUAAAUAUUUUGAAUAUCUUCAAGGUGUACAAUUUGAAGUUGAAGCUUUUGAAGCAGAAGGAGAAGAGCGUGCGGGACGGGGGUGCGAGUGGAGGUGAGAGCGGGAAUUUGAGUGUGCGCGGCAACGAUAAAGCAGUCGCUAAUGUGAACGAUGGGACGAAUGCCCUGCUGAGCAAGCUCCUGAGCAGACAGCAAAAAAUCAUAAACAAAGCCAUCAAUACGAUUCAACUGGGAACGAAAAACCUCACGCAGCUGACGCUCACGGAGAGGCACUACUUCACAAUGAGGAGCAAAUCGAGCCACAAAAAAAUCGUGCACAAAAAUUUGAACCACAAUUCGGAUUCGUCCGAUGUGUCCACGUGCUACUUUUCGAGUGAUCAGUACGAGGAGGGGCAGAAAACUCGCCCUGUAAAGAGAGAAGAAAAUGAGGGGAGAAAAUACUUGAACAGUUUAGGCGGCAAGAUGGUGGACCCAUUAUUGUUGGGUUUGAGCCAGGAAAAACGAGAGGAGGACAAAGUGAACAACGAGAGCAGAGUGCACAGCGGGGAGAGUGCCAACUGCUACUACACAUACGACCCGAGGCUGCUAAUUUUUGAGUACACGAACAAUUUAAUAAUACGAAAGAAGCAAGUAAAAAUGAUAAAAAAGUUUAAGAGAGAUUUUAUAAAAAAAAAACAGUACUGUUAUCAAAUAAUUAUGGGAGGUGGAAAGACAACCGUGUUGUCACCUCUCUACUUUUUAAUCUUUUCCAAUUACUUCUUAGUGUUUAAUAUGUGCCCCCAGCCGUUAAUUCACUUUACGAUAAAUACAUUCCGAUCGAGAUUUUCCUCCAUCAUAAAGAAGAACAUCUACUACUUCAAUUUCAGUCGAUAUGAUAACAUCACUACCGACUUGUACGUAAGCCUGUGUAGUGCACUAGAGAACAAAUACAUUUUGGUGACGAGCCCAACAUGCAUCAAGUCGCUGUUCCUUAAAUUGGUUAACACAAUCCAGGAGCUAAAUAAUAUCAAAACUUUUGACAUGAUUAAGCAGAAGGCGAAAACGCACAUUACGGAUGCCCUGACGAAAUUUUUAGGGUUUCAAAAUGAUGAGAAUUCAAUCAAUGCGGCUAAUGCCAAUGGACUCAGAAAAACAAGCGCGGGUAUGCCUGGUUAUGCGUCGAAGCAUGGUCACCCACCCACGGCAAGUGAUUACAAUAUGCUCAAAAAACAGCUCGAUUUGUCCGUAAGAAUUUUCGACAUAUUAAAUAAGAGUAUUUUACUCAUUGACGAAAUUGACAACGUUUUGCAUCCCCUCAAGAGUGAGCUACAUUGGCCUUACGGCACAAACAGAGAAAUUGAUCUCGUGAAUGUAGUGAGAAAUUUUACUGAUGUGUUCAUGAACAACCCUUAUUUGAAAUUUCUGUACGAUAAGAAAAACGACGACGUGGAUAUUAGGAACGUCAAAAUUGCGGUAGCGAAUCGGAGGGAUGUAAGCGCCAAUUUGUUGAAUCAUAUUAGACAGCUGCGGGAGGAGGAGCAAGCCCAGAGGCAGGCCCAGAGACAGUUACAGCGGCAAUUGCAGCUGGAAGGAGGUAACGAUGAGGAUGAUGAAAUGAGGAGGGCAACCCAACAUAUCAAUUACGGAGGUACGGGAGGUAGCAACUCAUACCAUGUAGACCAUCUCCGCAGUGACAACAAAGGGAGAUUCAAAAAUGGAGCGAUGAACAAUUUUAAUAACUCCUUAUCAACGCAGCUGUAUAGAAAAGAAGAUGCAGAUGAUUACGGGGGGGUUCAUGGUAACAUGGGAGAAGGUGCCAUAUCGGGGGGUGCACUUGGCUCAGUAAUGAAUGGAAUAACCAAGUACGGAGCUGUGAAGAUGUCAAACAACGGAGAGACAGGCACAACAUAUUCUUUCGUCGAUUUGAGCCUAUUCAGAUAUAAGCUAAGUUGGGUCCUGAUCGAUUUUUUUUUCUACCCUGUGUGUAAGAAGCUAACCAUCCCGAUGAACAUCCACUUUAAUACGAACACAGAAUAUAUAGAGGACCUCCUAAACACGUUUAGCAAAGAAAUCGAAAAGGGGAUAAGAAACCACGAUAUUUCAUUGAUCCCGCAUUUCCACAUAAUAAAUUUUAAGUGGUAUGAUAAUAUUAUAUGGAUUAUUGCUCGCUAUGUGUACUACUUUUUACUAUGCUAUAAGAUAAGUGGGGUGUCGCAAAAGGUGAUUGAGUCGUACUUAUGCAUUCCUCUUUGCAUCGGCUACAAUGACAUUAACGUGAAGAAUAGGUGCAAAGAUAACAACUUCAGUAGCUCCACCAUAAGGAGAUUAUUAAAUAUAAAGAAAAUUUCGAACAAGAAUUAUUCGACCGAUGCAAGCAAUCUGAGGAAUGAAGAUCUGCAGGUCCUAUCGAGUGAUUACCAUUUUAAAAUCUUUGAAAAGAUAAACACGUUGGAUUAUAUUUUGUGUAAAAUUUUAAAUCUUUGUCGACUUUACAUCAAUGGAAUUUUGCCAUUCGUUUUCUCUAAAGUGAAUACGGUGCAUUAUGGAAUCCUUUCUGCGGAGCAGAUUAAUAGGUGCCAAAUGAUCAUGAGCAAGAGUAGGUACUUCCUGGCCGUUCCUUACAUUGGCAAGGACACUCCUUCUGAAAUGUCCGAGUUUACAAAUGUCGAUGUGGUCGUUUCGCUGACCAUUUUGUCCUAUCGGUACCAAGGCAUGAGGUACUUUGACUUCAUCCUGAGCAUGAAAAAUAUUUUGUACAAUUAUUCUCUCGAAAAGGAUUACGAGCAUGUGCAGAGCGAGUCCUCCGAGGGGGGGAGCGCCAGUGAAGAGCGAAGCUGUACCCAUGAGGGAAGCACCCGUGAUGAGGGAAGCAGUAGUGAUGAGCGAGGCAGCAGUGAUGGGCGAGGCAGCAGUGAUGAGCGAGGCAGCAGUGAUGAGCGAGGCAGCAGUGAUGAGCGAGGCAGCAGUGAUGGGCGAGGCAGCACUGACGGUCGAGGUAGCACUGACGGGCGAAGCGCCAGUGAUGACGUACUUGCGGACAAGACAGAUGGGUACGCCCACUCGAGUGGGGACCAAGCGGGUGAAGGAAGUUCUGCGAAAAGGAGCAGCUUGAUGGAAACGGAUAAGUCCUACAGCGGGGUGACUCCCACCGAGGAAGAGAGUUGGAAAAAAUUCAGAGAAAAAAAGCGAAAAUCGCACAAAGGAGGAGUGAAGACAAAGAAAGAUAAGGAAAAGCAAACAGGUGAAAAAAUGAAAAGAAGCGCAAAACAGACAGGUGAAAAUGUGAAAAGAAGCGGAGAACAGACAGGUGAAAAUGUGAACAGAAGCGGAAAACAAAAGAAGAGAGAAUUAAAAAACAUGUACGAUUUGUACAGAGAAGUGAUCGAAACGAGCGGAGCAAAAAUAAGGAAAACGAAAAAGGAUAUUAACAACACGAACUUUUUCAUAUACGACAACAAUAUCAACAAGAGGAGAGAACAAAGUAGGAAAACCAUGCUAGGAAAAAAUUACGUAGAUAAUAUAGACAGAAUAGAUUUAAGUGAUAAGGAAAUGUUGUACGAGCUGUACAAUUUGACCAGAAAGAAUCCAUUACUAAUUAGUUACUUCCUAUUGGGAAUUAUUCUUAACAAAUACAUCAAGCAUACAGAAAAGCAGCUUUCGUCGAAUUCCCAAGAUUUGACAAACAAUGUUUUGUUUAAGUAUGUUGUAGGGUAUAGUGGCACGAGUAAUGAUAUACUCCCUGAAGAAAUUCACAAAUGUAAAUUUGAAAAAAGAACCAUUGGUUCGAUACUUAACAUUAUUAAUGAUCCUCAGAUUGUCAACUUUAUUUUCUUGCCAUCUCAAAUUGCCCCCAUUGAUAUUUUAAGAAGCUUAGCAUUUUCAAAAAUAAAAUUUAAUAGCCUUAUCGAUACGGGAUACCUGAUUAAUAAUAUUUCGCCUAAGAAAGUCGCUUACUACAUUUUGCAAUUCCUGGACUAUAUCGAUUGCUGUGUGUAUAUCGAUAAUGGGAAGCACAUGUGUAUGUUGCCUCUGGAGAGGAAAAGGAGAGGAAUGAGGAAAAAAAAAAAAAACAGAAAUAAAGUUCAGGUGCAGUGCCCAGAAAAGGGGAAACACGACAAGGUACGUGGUGGGGGACACACAGGGAAGACGACCACCCCAGGUGCGAGUGAAACGCGCAAAAAUGCAAAAUCGGCAAUGAAAAGAAGAAGGAGAAAAAAAAAUCAAACUAGUGACAAACAAAGUGGAAAUAAAAUAGAAAAUAAUCUACACCUGAAUGUUGAAAUUAUUCCACUGCAGGAUUGCUACGUUCCAAUUAAGAAACGGUUCAUCUACUUUGAUCACAUCAAUACGUUUGGGCAGGACAUAAAACAGUAUGUGAAUGCGAACAGCUUGGUCACUGUCAAUAUCGGGAAUGACAUUUCUUCCUUCAGCCAAGGCGUCUUUCGCUUGCGAUCGAUCGGAAUGAACCAGAAGAUAUUCUUCCUCAUCCCCAUGUGCCUUGUCAAACUGAUGAACGUAAGCACGAGUCUGUUUAAGGACGCAGUUGUUGCGGACGUGGUGAGGAGGAAAUCAGUAGGGGUACGGAUAGGAGGAGGAGGCCACCCCAACCACUGUAGCAAACAACGUGUGGACCCCUCCUCGCACGAUGAAAAGCAAAUGUUGAAGAGGUUCGCCAAACGGAAGAAGCGAGUCCUGCGCGAGUGCAACAAGAACUACAGCGAGGGCAGCCAGACGGAGUCGGAGAACGACGUGGGGGAGGCGACCAUGAUCUUGAGUAGCAGCAGCGGAGAAAGCGCGGCAAGCGGCGAUAGCGUUUGGGGAAAUGGACGUGGGAAGAAACCCCCUCCCACCGAUGGGAUAAACAUAAAUGGUGGUGGGACGGCUCACCAGGAUGACGACAUUGAGGGUGUUCCCCUGGGGGAAGACGAAGAGAAGGAUCAUCCCCCACAUGUGAUGGACCCGCGGGAAGAAUGCAUGUUCGUGAUCGACUGCUACAAUAGUAUCCACUUGGAAGAAAACUCAAAGGAAGAAGUUCUAAAAGAGUUGACGUACUACCUCAUUCUGAACAACAUAAGUAGCAACAUAAAGCAAUGCGAGCUUCUGUGUGUGCAUGGCAUAGUUAACAUUAUAAAGAGGAAGAGCAUCAGGAUGCUGUUAGAUAAUUACAUAAAUAUUGGGGUUUUUAAUUAUAGAGAUUAUUUGGGUAUUUUCAACACAAGUAUCGAUUUCGACGUACAGACACAGGUACCCUCCAAGAGCAGCUCAUUACUUUGCAUAGUCCAGCUGAUUGAAAAGUUUCAAAAUAUUUUUACCAAAGAGGAUGAAUUAUUUCUUCAGGACAUUAUUUAUCGCUACUUUUGCCUACAUUACGAUAUUUCUAAUAAAACUAUCGUAAUGUAUUUUGACGCCUUUUUUCCUCGAAAGGAUUUUAUGAAGACCAAUUUGCCGCAUGUCAUUUUAGACCUAUUUGAAAAGCUCAAGAAGAUCAAAAAGGACCACUGUGUUCUGUCGUAUAAGAAAAGCUUCGCCAAAAGGAACACCAGCAAUGAGUACAACGCGGAGGAUGAUAACUCGAUCGACAAUCACUUGUUCAGUCUAGAAAAUGAACAGGAGAAAGAGAAGGAAAAAGAGAAAGAGAAAGAAAAGGAGAAGGAAAAAGAAAAGGAAAAAGAAAGAAAGAAAAAGAAAAGGAAGAAGAAAAAAUUACGGAAGAUCAAAAAAAAAAACAUAAAAUGUAAGAAAGAUGAAUACAAAUUGUAUAGAUGGACCAUGGAUGAUAUUAACUCAGAUUUAUUUGGAGCUAAGACAAAAAAAAAGGCAAACCAAAUCAAAGGGGAAGAAGCAACUGGUACCAUUUCCUACAUAAAUAAUAAAGUUGUAGAGAAGUUCACUCAGUUGACGGAAGGUAGCCAUCUGUUCAUACCCCUCAAUAAACUACCAGUGAAUGAUAUCUACAUGAAUUUCCCCUCCUAUGUGUAUGUCUCAAAAAAUUUUAUAAACUCAGACUCAAUCAACACCAAGAAGGGGAAGAAGCUCAUGAAUGUCCUGGUCGUUAUCGAGUGUGUGCACAAUGCAGAGGAACAAGUCACCUCCUUGAAUCAACAGAGACACAACAACUACGACGAAUAUGCAGAAAGAGAAGCUUUGCAAAAUAUUUGGAACAUUCUAAAGGAAGAUAAUAUACAAGAGAUCCUAAAUAUUUUGGAUAUCAAUCCUUUUAAGUAUUCCUAUGACUUGGCGAAAGUUAUGACGGACCAUGUGAAGAAAAAUGAGUUUGAUAGCAACCGGUUUGGCAGCUUCGUUUCGCUACUAAACAAAAUGGAACUUUACUUUAGUAAUAAAAAUAAAAAGUACAUCAUUGUAAGCUUGCAAGAGGCGGAAACGUUGCGUUAUUACAUCCAUAAGAGGUUCAGUAGGCAGAAAGUGGCAAAGGCCCUGUCCGGUAAAUCCUCCUAUUUGGUGAAGACGGACAGUUUUUACCUUCCUUCUAAGGCGGAACCAAACAGAAAUGCUAAUUUUGCCCUUCAGGAAUCUACCGAGAAGAAAGUGCAAACACACUCUAUUGGUGACAACCUUUUUGAUACCCCCAAUGAGGGAGGUACCAACAAUGCGCAAGUGGAGAAACGGGGCCCCAAUUUAAAUCACGAAAUAGACAACUUCAUGGAGGAAGAAAUGUUCCAAGAAAAUUUAAUAAGCGACGGGUGGGGGCUGAACAACAACCUCUCCAGCAUAGCACUGGAGGGAAAGGACGAAGAGGACGAUAUGGAUCACUUUUUUAUGGAGGAUAUUAACAAAAAGGGAGUAGAAAAGAAGCCAAACGUGAGUCAUACAAACAAAUGGGAGAUUACACAGGGUGGGGUGACUAAGGAGGAACAAAACGUAGAACUGAUAUCCAUCUAUGAGAAGGAAAAAAUGGAAAUCGAACCAGUAAAGGAGGAAAACUUCUUUUCAGAUGUGCACAUAAAUCUAUACAACUACCACUUUUGGUUCACCCCCAUCGAAAUUACGGACCGAAAUAAUCUGAGGAAGUAUCUCUCCAGGCAAAUACAAAUAGUGUACAGCGUAUGUAAAUUUUUUAACUCGGAUCGAAAAUUUAUUGACGCACAUGUGAAUUUGUUACUGCAGUACUUGAAUUUUAAUGCACCCAAGCACCGAUUUAGCUAUUUCAAUGAUUUAUAUCUGCUGAGGAGAAUAAUGAAGGACAGUCUAAUCAAGAGUAAUCUCAAAAUGCCUGAGAAGAAGAGCCUCCUCAUCAAGAAAAAUAUCGAAUUAGAAAUGGUGGAAAAAAAGCUGUUUGAAGGGAAUGGAGACAUUUAUGCUUUUAAAAUUAUGCAACAAACUGUCAGACAAAGUUUAAAAAAAAAACAAUUAACACUUCAAGAAAUUUUUGACAAAGAUGAUUUAGAUUACAUCUGUAGCAAACAGGACAUUCGAAUCCUUUUCGACUUCUUAAAUAUCCGGGAUAGCAACUGUGUCAAUGUUUUAUUUGACAUUUUGGGCUCCACCAUUUCUUUGCACGAGCUGUGCGUUACUCUAAACCCUGUGGAAAAUAUCAAAAAAACGGAUUUCCAGAAGGAUCUAUACACUGAGGAUAAGAAGAGAUAUGCCGAGGAUUUUGUCAGUGAAGCUGAAAAGUACCUUAAGAAUUUUAGAUUUUCCCUCACGGAGCACACGUAUUUUAAGGUGAUAUGGUCCGGCAGGAUUUCCAGCCAGCGAAUUGUUCAGGAAGCGCUGGACGGCCGGGAGGCAGCCACAUUUGGCGGCGAGAAAAGGGCCCCGUUCGGCCAAGAGCCUAGUGAGUACGCUCUCGGCGCAUCGUUAGGUGGUGCAUCGUUAGGCGGUGCUUCGUUAGGCGGCGCUUCGUUAGGUGGCGGCAUGAGCAGGAACGGCCCCCCGAGUGAGCGAGACCCCAGCCACAAGUCGCCAACGAACGACUUGCUAAGCGACAUCUUUGGAUUCAACAGGGCGCAGAGAAGCGAGCAGGAUCCCAUGUAUGCCGAGCAGAUUAACCACCCAGUGAGAAACUCGGAACAAUUUUACAUCUACGAAGCGGAAAAUAUAGACCCUAAAGACAGAGGAAUGAUGAGUAAAAAUAAACAUAAAAUUAUUUUUGGCCAUUAUGCAUCGACCAAGCCAGGGGAUAAUAAUUUCCCCAUAUUGGAGAUGACAGACAUAUCGAUCAAUAGCAUGUACACAAGUGCAUCUGCCCAAGAAAUUCUUAACCUUCUAUUUCCAUAUCCUAAAAAAUAUUUGUUACUGUGGCAUGAAGAUUAUUCUAUAAAGAGUGUCGAUGAGUGUCUGCACAUAUGGAAGCCCGUCUUGUCGUCUGCCCACAUUUCCGGCACCACCUUCCUGGGCUUUGUGGGCACUGUUGGCCCACACCAGCCCCCCUUGAACAAGAUCCGGGCUCUACCCAAGUCGCUGGUCAAGGUGGUGCAGAAUAAGAAGUUCGCCACCUUUUACUCGGACAACAGUUUCUCCAUCGACAACUCGGGCGUGUUCAACUCGCUCAACGUUCACUUUUUCAACGGCCUGGACGUGAAUAACUACGAAGAAUUCCUCUUCAGGAAUUUCUCCCUUAAUAUUGUCGCUAAGGUUAAAAAGAUCAAGUUUGUGAAUGAAGACAUCUUCAAUUUAUGGGGCGAAGAAAAGCCACAGGAGCAGGAGGAUGAUGACGAGACUUCCCCCGAGUGGGAAAUAAUUCCGCAGUGCUUUUAG